AGUUAGUGAGUAUCAACCGUCGUGCACACAAGUAAAAAUGUCUGGUUUCACUAUAUUUCUCUGCAUUUUAGUCGGCAUAGUAACGAUUGUUUAUAUUUGGCUAAAAAGACAACUCAGCUACUGGCAGAAAUUAGGUAUACCUUGCGAAGAGCCAAGUCUAUUUACUGGAAAUUUUAUUGGAUUACGUACGAAAUAUUCCCUUACUGAACUUUUUGUGAAUUACUAUAACAAAUUCAAGGGAAGUGGACCAUUUGCUGGAUUUUAUUGGUUUCAGAAUCCUGUCUUGAUUAUUUUAGAUACUCAACUCAUUAAAAAUAUACUUAUAAAGGAUUUUAAUAAAUUUACGGAUCGAGGAUUUUAUUCAAAUGAAAAAGUUGACCCACUUACAGGUCAAUUAUUUCUUUUGGAUGGACAAAAAUGGCGCAGUAUGCGGAAUAAAUUGUCUCCUACAUUUACGUCGGGCAAAAUGAAAUUUAUGUUUCCCACCAUCAUCAAAGUAGGCGAGGAUUUCCUAAAUGUUUUAAAUGAAUUGGUAGAUCAAAAUGCCAAAGUCGACAUAAAAGAACUAUUAGCGCGUUUUACUAUUGAUAUUAUUGGAACCUGUGCCUUUGGUCUUAACAUUAGCAGUCUAAGAGAUCCAAAUACGGAAUUUCUUGUAAUGGGGCAAAGGGGAUUAGUCGAAACUAGAUAUGGGUUCUUUGGUACUGCACUGACAAGUACUUUUCCUGAUUUAGCACGCAAACUUCACGUAAAGCAGACACCAGCCGAUAUUGAAACAUUUUUUUUACGUAUAUUCCGUGAAACGGUUGAGUACAGAGAAAAGAAUAAUAUCAGACGCAAUGAUUUCAUGGACUUGUUAAUUGAUCUAAAAAAUAAUAAAUCACUUUUAUCUGAGGAUGGUGAAACGUUGACAAAUUUAACAGUAGAACAGUUAGCAGCACAAGCAUUUAGUUUUUUCAGUGCUGGUUUCGAAAGCUCCUCUAUAUCCAUGAGUUUUGCACUUUAUGCUUUAGCAACACAUGAAGAUAUACAAGAUAAAGUGAGAAAAGAGAUUGAAACAGUUUUUAUAGCGCAUGGACAUGAGUUCAUAUACGAUUGUUUGAUGGAUAUGAAGUACUUGGGGCAAGUUAUAUUAGAAACUCUACGACUCUAUACCGUAGUUCCAGUUAUAAAUCGGAAAUGCUUGGAAGAUUAUGUGGUUGAAGAUAAUAGCAAAUAUGUUAUUAAAAAAGGCACGUCUAUUUUUAUACCAACUGCUGGUAUACAUCUUGAUGAAAAAUAUUAUCCUAAUCCCAAUGUCUUUAAUCCGGAUAAUUUCUCAUCUGAAAGAGUAAACACACGUGAUCAUGGAGAGUUUCUUGCGUUUGGAGAGGGACCACGUAACUGCAUUGGUUUCCGUUUUGGUCUUAUGCAAAUCAAAAUUGGAUUGGCUCUAAUUCUUAAGAAUUACAAAGUUAGAGUGUGUAGUGAGACGCAAGUACCUUUGAAAUUUGAUAAGAAAGCGUUUUUCACAAAGGCCGAAGGCAGCAUAAUACUUAAGUUCGAAAGGAUUUAAACUUAAUGUUUUAAAAAUAAUAGCCAACUCUUUUCUUCUUCUUUUUGAAAUAAAUAAUAAUAUUAUUUCUAAUA